GCCCGAUUAGGAGAUGGCUGCCGCGGGUUUCCCGGUUUUAAGAUGGCCGUUUUCUUUCUGAGGUCCUAGGAGAGGUGUCAAGAGGACAAAAAGUGCGUUGGUGGCUUCGGGCGCCCUUCUGUCAGCAUGAACAGCGUUGGCGAAGAAUGCACCGAAAUGAAGCGGGAGUAUGACCAGUGUUUUAACCGCUGGUUCGCCGAAAAGUUUCUAAAAGGAGAGGGAAGCGGGGAUCCGUGUACCGAGCUCUUCCGGCGGUACCGGCUGUGUGUGCAGAAAGCCAUCAAGGAAAAAGAUAUCCCCGUGGACGGAGUGGAUUUCAUGGGUCCUAACAAAGACAAACCCGAAACGGAUGGAUCCUCUUGACCCUCUGCGGGCCCCGUCAUUUGGGGGGCCCGUGACGUCUAUUAUCUAUCGCUUCUAUGUAUGGAAAGCUAUUUUGUAAGAAAAUGUACAAAUAUUUAUCAGCCUUGUCAGUGGUUAGGCUGUAUAUUAAUCUCAUUAAAGGCUUUUUUCUUGCUA